AUGGGUUGUGGUAUUUUGACUACCUAUGCACAGAUUGGAAAUCUCGCGGGUUUGCACGGCUUAUUGGUUUACACCAUUUCUGGAGCCAUUCCCAUUUUGGGUUUUGCAGCUGUCGGUCCGAUCAUUCGUAAGAAGUGUCCUGAUGGUUUCAUCUUGACCGAGUGGGUUAGAAGCCGAUUUGGUAUCGUUACCGCAUUGUAUCUUUCUUUCUUUACUUGCCUUACCAUGUUUUUAUUCAUGAUUGGAGAGUUGGCUGCCAUUAGAGGUGCUAUUGAGACCUUGACUGGUUUGGAUGCCUUGGGUGCUGUCAUUGUAGAAUGUGUGGUGACUACUAUCUAUACAUUCAUUGGUGGAUUCCAAGUUAGUUUUAUCACCGACAACUUUCAAGGUGCCUUGGUACUUCUCCUAACUAUUAUUUGUGCAGCUGGUAUGGGAUCUUAUAUCAACAUCGACAAAUCCUUAAUUGGUCCAUCUCAUUUGUUGGAGGCCAACAAAUUGGGCUGGCAACUUGUGUUUAUCUUACCUGUUGCAAUCAUCACGAACGACUGCUUCUUGUCUGGUUUCUGGUUGAGAACUUUUGCAAGUAAGUCCAACAAGGAUCUCUGGAUCGGAACAUCCAUUGCAACCUUCGUAACUUUCACCAUUUGUACUUUGGUUGGAACUACUGGUUUCUUGGCUGUCUGGGCUGGAUACUUGACUGUGGGUGAUGAUAUGGGUUACAAUGCCUUCUACAUCUUGCUUAGUCAAAUGCCUCGUUGGAUAGUGGCUUUCGUGUUGAUUUUCGUGAUUUGCUUGUCUACUUGUACCUUUGACAGUCUUCAAAGCGCUAUGGUCUCAACUAUUUCGAACGAUGUCUUCCGCAAUAAGUUGAAGAUGAUUUACAUUCGUUGUUUGGUAGUGAUUGUAAUGAUUCCAACCAUCGUGUUAGCUGUAAAAGUCGCAGACAACGUCUUGCAGAUCUACUUAAUUGCUGAUUUAGUUUCCGCAGCAGUUAUCCCAGCUAUUUUCCUUGGAUUGUCUGACCGUGCGUUUUGGUUUCUUCGUGGAUUUGAUGUGAUGGUUGGAGGUCUUGGAGCAUUAUUGGCUGUAUUUGUCUUUGGAACUAUCUACUACGGCAGUGCAAAGGAAGGAGGAAAACUUCUUCUUAUUUGGAACGGCUUGUAUGACUCUAGCGACUGGGGAGCAUUUGGAGCAUUUGCAGUUGCUCUUGGUUUUGGUUUGAUCUUCACUUUCGCUAGUGCUGGUCUCAGAAUUAGCGCUCUCUAUUUGUGGUCUAAGGCCAAAGGAACUGAAUUCACCGCCUUGGAAAGGAAGAAGACCGAAGACGGUGAGGACGUUGAGAUCGAGCAAGCUGAGUAUGGUUCGGUUGAUGAAUCCAGCUCUAAGGUCUCCAAGGUGUAA